CAUAUCUCAAGAUGUUCGUGUCGGAUAGGUUUGCCUAGAGAUUUAUGGUUUCUUCAUCUUGUUAUCCUUUACGAACCUGGAAUCACGGCCUCUACAUCUUCAAUGGACAAACGUAUAGAAAUACAGUGAAGCUGGUCAACUUUCGUUCAUCAUGGGACUCGCUCCUAGUUUUCCAAUCAAAACGCAACCGAUGAAUUUUGUAUCAGUUCUGGCUUUUGACACCUCAGGGAAACGGCGGAAACAUUUCCGGCAGAGAAACGAUAUUACCGAGUUCGAAUCCCUCACCAGUAAGUAUUUCGGUCGCUUUGUUGAGGAGAGACAAAAGGCACAAGAAGCGAAAGAAAAGUUCAACGACCUUGUCGGUUUGGCGGCUCGUUUCCCGCAGUGGCAUGAGAGUGACAUUGCCGACUUCAGGUCUAUGUUCAUGAAUUUCGAUCAGAACCACGAUGGCUUGAUAGACUUCCCAGAACUUGACAAAGCUCUCAACGAGUUAGGGGAUACAUCUGCCUAUCAAGUCCGCAAACGCAAAUUUGACGAGAUUGACGAGGACCACUCUGACAGUAUCGACUUCGAGGAAUUCCUUCACUUGAUCGACAAUGUAAUGAUGUCAUCUGAAGAGGGUAUCUCUGGCGCCCUCGGUGAUAUGUGCAAACGGGAAAGCCAAAACGCCAACAUCCUGCGUCAUCUGUCCAUCGAACAGCAAAUGACAGCGGGGCUAUUUUAAUCAUACGUGGGUUGGAAAAAAAAUGAACAUUGUUAUUUGUGUGGUCCGAUAAUAAUAAAUGCUGCAGGAGUGGAUAUCACUUAUUGCAAAGUAUUCUUUUUUACAACGUUGGUUUUAUGACAAAAGUGUACCGUUGAUAAAAGUGGUUUAGAAAAAAAAUGGCCUCUUGGUGACUCAGACAGAUUGAUAUUUAACAGCCCCUUCUCUGUAGAUUUAUAAUGCAUAAAGCUCGCAGUGCGCAAGUAAUAACGCCCAAUAGUUGUGUCAAAGGAUUUCCAUAACGCGUCAUUACCCAACAUGCAUUUUGAAAGUGAGAGCUUUAUGUGUUUAAAGUGUAUAGAUACAACUGGAGCACAUGAUCCAAGCAAAGAUCAAUUAGAGUAAUUAAUUGAUCUGAGCUAGUGGCGAAGUAGGCUCUGAUUGGUGCCCGAGUUUGAAUAAUUCAUCAACCUCUCUAUACCGUGAUUCAACGAUAAUGUAUUGCUCUCGCAUAAUUUGUUUUUCGAAAUAAAGGAAAUAGCAUUUACAGCUCGCUGCCCCAGCUGAUUAAUAGAAAUGAAUCUCUCUCAGUUUUAAGCAUGAUCUAUUUAUAAUGCUGGUGAUUAUCGUCAUUAUUUUAGUUAGUUUUUGUUCCUUUUCCUCUUUAAAUCCUCUUAAAUGUUGUAUUCUGAUUGAAAACAAGAAUUAUCAUUUUAUCAUUUUUAAUUUUUUAUCCUGUCGUUUCUCCCUGAUAGAUGUUGCAAAAGCAAAAUCUGAUGCCAUUCAUUUCAUCAAUAUUUCAGCACAAUCUGCCCCAAUAUUUUUGAGAAUCGGCAUCUCGUGUAACCUAUCUCCGAUGAAACCGAAAGGGCAGCAGAAUGUAGGCCUACAUGUACGUGCACAAUGAACCGCAACACACUAGGUUAUAAAAGUCUGAGUCCACCAACAGAUUUUGUUGAAAAUGUUGGACAAAUACAAGACCAUGUCACUGAGA